AUGAAGUCUACAAAUGACAACAACAAUGGCAGCAAUAGUCAUAAUAACAACUGGUUGGGUUUCUCUCUCUCAUCCUACAUGAAAAUGGAGGUUUCUUCAAACCCUCAUCAUCAGUACAAUCAUCAUCAUCAUCAACCUCAGCUAGUUCUUCCUUCUGGCUUCUAUCUCUCCUCUUCUUCACACCUCAACAGCUCUGCAAUCUGUUAUGGGGUUGGAGAAAAUGGUGGCUUUCACUCACCCUUGUCUGUAAUGCCUCCCAAGUCAGAUGGAUCUCUCUGUAUCAUGGAAGCUCUCAGUAGAUCACAACCACCACCACCACCACAAGGGAUGGUGCCAAACUCUUCCCCUAAACUUGAGGACUUUCUUGGUGGUGCAACAAUGGCAGCCCAUCACCAAUACAGUACCAAUGAGAGAGAAGCAGUGGCUCUAAGCUUAGACAGCAUGUACUACCACCACCAAAAUGCUGAUCAACAAACCAAUAGGCAACAACAACAGCAAAAGAUGGAUGAAACACCAUUGGAGGAGCAGAAAGAAGAAGAAACCAGGGAGACCCAACUUGCAGACUGUGAUAAUACCCAAAUCACUGCUUGCCUGAAAAAUUGGAUUGUGGUGGAGGAUAGUGGUGGCGCGUAUGGGUCAGGUGGUGGUCCAGUGGGUGGUUGUGGGGAUUUACACUCUCUGAGCUUGUCAAUGAGCCUUGGUUCUCAGUCAAACUGUGUCACAGCUCCAACCCAGAUCUCACCUACUGGAACUGAGUCCACAGUCAUGGAAACCAAGAAGAGAGGGUUUGCAAAAGUUACUCUGAAGCAACCUGUUCAUAGGAAGUCCAUUGACACAUUUGGGUGGAGAACCUCUCAGUAUAGAGGUGUUACAAGUCAACUGAUGGAGAUGGCAGCUGUGACUGUGUUUGGGGCAGCUGUGACUGUGUUUGGGGCAGCUGUGUCUGUGGUGGUUGCUGCUGUGGCUGCACAGACAUCUGUUGUUGUUGUUGUUGUGGUUGUGGAGGAGUAA